UGAAGACGUUGAAGAAGGAAGUACCGAGCACUGGAUGAUAUGAAAUGAAAUGGAUGUGGAGGAGUGAAGACGUUGAAAAAGAGGAUGAGUGGAUAAAACCUAGAAUCCAUGGCUGUGUUCCAAACUAACAUUAUCCACAUGAAUAAGGCUAUUACUUGGAUAGGAUGAGGAGCAGUGGAGUAGUUAAGCGCAUUUCAGAAUGCCUCGUGAAGCCACACCUCCCGAACGAGGAAUCAACGCAGUUGUGCCACUUAACUCCGUGGGAUAUUGUCCCCUUGUCCAUUCAUUAUAUCCAGAAAGGCCUUCUUUUCACGAAACCACAAAACCAGCCACAAGAUUUCACCCAUAAUCUGUUGCAUAAUCUGAAGCAUUCCCUCUCUCUUACCCUUCUCCAUUUCUAUCCACUUGCAGGCCGCCUUGUGACUCACCAAACCCAAGACCCUCCCUCUUAUUCUGUCUCUCUUGAUUGCAUCAACUCUCCAGGAGCAAGAUUCAUCCAUGCAAUCUUAGACCUCACCGUAUCCGAUAUCCUCUCUCCUGUCUAUGUCCCCCCCAUUGUUCACUCGUUCUUCGACCUCAACAAAGCAGUCAACCAUGACGGUCACGCCAUGCCUCUCUUGUCUGUCCAAGUCACUGAGCUAAUCGAUGGUGUUUUCAUAGGCUGUUCCAUGAACCACUGUGUCGCUGAUGGCACUUCUUAUUGGAGCUUCUUCAACACGUGGUCUGAGAUAUUUCAAUCUCAAGCCAAAGGGGAAGAUGUUAAUGUUGUCAACAUUUCUCACCGACCAAUCCACAAGCGCUGGUUUCCAGAGUUAAUUAAUCUUCCCUUCAAACACCAUGACGAGUUUAUCUGCAGAUACGAAGCACCCAAGCUGAGAGAGAGGAUCUUCCACUUCACAGCUGAUUCUAUCGCGAAACUCAAAGCCAAAGCCAACAAAGAUUCCAGCACCAACGAAAUCUCUUCGUUCCAGUCAUUGUCAGCUCACGUUUGGAGAAGCAUAACACGUGCUCGCAGCGUGCCGUGUGAUCAAAGAAGCAGUUGCAUAGUGGUUAUAAACAACAGAACGAGAAUGGAACCACCUCUGCCGCAAGAGUACUUCGGAAACUCAGUUAACUCUGUGAGAGCGGUUGCAACAGCAGGGGAGCUGAGUGAGCAUGAUCUGGGUUGGGCAGCGGGUAAGGUGCACGAAGCUGUCGCAAACUACAACCACAGAGUGGUGAUGGAUUGGCUCAACCAGUGGGUGCGAUCCCCUGCUAUUCAUCAAACCGGUCGCUUUAUUGAUCCGUACAGUGUGGUGAUGAGCAGUUCUCCAAGGUUCAAUGUUUAUGGGAAUGAAUUUGGAAUGGGGAAAGCCGUGGCGGUUCUGAGUGGAUAUGCCAACAAGUUUGACGGCAAGGUGACGUCAUAUCCUGGCCGCGAAGGUGGGGGAAGCAUUCAAUUGGAAGUGUGUCUUUCUCCUCAUACGAUGAGCGCCUUGGAAUCUGACCAACACUUCAUGGAUACGGUUUCUGUGUUCAAUCCCCUCCACUAGUUCCAAUUCUUCGUAGUACUUGCUCUCUCAUCAUUAGCAUUAUCGUUAGUUAGGUCACUUGUUUAUGCCUAAUGAGCAAUAAUUGACAUCUAUCUAUCUACUUACAUGACACACACCUUGAAACUUUGAUGGAUUUGUUGGAGAAUUAGCAAAAAGGAUACGGGUGAUUAAAGUUGGAGGAAA